GUGAUGCGUGCCGCACCUGGCAGGAAUUACCGAGCGCUGAGCUUCCCAGUGAGACUGUUAGGUGUGCUUUCUCACAGGCUGACUCAUGGGUGAAGUUUACAGGUGGGGCCCCCUGCCGCAGACAGCCCGCUCUCCCUGCAUCAGGCAGGCCUGGGCGCUGGAGCAGGAAGGGCAAGUAUAAGAGGAAGAGGCAGAGAGCUUUGUGUGCAGCCAGCAGGACGCCCGGGACCACAAUGGCCCGGGCAGUGAGGUGGUCAGGCCCGAGCGCGGGAUGGCUAUGGAUCUUUGGGGCAGCCCUGGGGCAGUGUCUGGGCUAUAGUUCCCAGCAGCAAAGAGUAGUGUUUCCUCAGCCUCCUGGUCAAAGCCAUCUGCAAGCAAGUUAUGUGGAGUUUAAACCCAGCCAGGGUUGCAGCCCUGGAUACUAUCGGGAUAAUAAAGGCUCAUAUACUGGAUGGUGCGUUCCCUGCAAUUGCAACGGACAUUCAAAUCGAUGCCAGGAUGGCUCGGGAGCAUGCAUUAACUGCCAGCAUAACACUGCUGGGGAGCACUGUGAGCGCUGCAAGGAGGGCCACUAUGGGAGCGCCAUCCAUGGAUCCUGCAGAGUCUGCCCAUGUCCUCAUUCCGCCAGUUUUGCCACAGGCUGUGUUGUGACUGAAGAGAACGUGAGGUGCUCCUGCAAGCCUGGGUACACGGGCACACAGUGUGAAAGGUGUGCACCAGGAUAUUUUGGGAAUCCCCAGAAGUUCGGAGGUAGCUGUCAACCAUGCAAUUGUAACAACAACGGCCAGUUGGGCAGUUGUCACCCCCUGACUGGAGACUGCAUAAACCAAGAACCCAAAGAUGGCGGCCCUGGAGAAGAAUGUGAUGAUUGUGAUAGCUGUGUGAUGACGCUAUUGAAUGACCUGACCGCCAUGGGUGAGGAGCUCCGCGUGGUCAAGGCUCGGCUGCAGGGCCUGAGUGGCAGCAUGGGUGCUCUGGAGCAGAUGAAGCACUUGGAGGCACAGACCAAGGACCUGAGGAAUCAGUUGCUCAACUACCGUUCUGCCAUUUCAAAUCAUGGAUCAAAAAUGGAUGGCCUGGAAAAAGAACUGAGUAAUUUGAAUCAUGAAUUUGAAACUUUGCAAGAGAAGGUUCAAGUAAAUGCCAGAAAAGCACAAACAUUACAUAACAGUGUUGAUCAGAUGGCCCAAAGUGCAAAAGAGUUGGACACGAAGAUUAAAAAUGUCAUCCGGAAUGUGCACAUUCUCUUGAAGCAGAUAUCUGGGAUGGAUGGAGAAGGGAACACUCUCUAUUCGCGUGAUUUUUCCAGAGAGUUGGAGGAAGCACAGCGCAUGAUGAGAGAAUUGCGAAACUUCAACUUCGCAAAGCACCUGAGAGAAGCAGAGGCUGAAAAAACAGAGGCUCAGCUCUUGCUCAAUCGGGUAAAGAGCUGGCUAGAAAAUCACCAGGUGGAGAACAACGGUCUCAUUGAGAGAAUACGGGAUUCCUUAAAUAGAUACGGAGCCAAGCUCAGUGACCUGCACACCACGCUCCAGCAGGCAACUGCCCAGGCAAAGCAAGCCACUGGCCUCAACCGAGAGAAUGAGAAGGAUCUGGCAUCCAUCAAGAGACAAGUUAAAGAAAUGAAUUCCCUGCAGAGUGAUUUCACCAAGUAUCUAGCCACCGCCAACUCUUCCUUAUUGCAAAUCAACAUCAUGCUGCAGCUGAUGCGGAAAAGCCAGAAGGAAUAUGAAAAAUCAGCUGCCACUUUAAGUGAAGCAAGACUCGAAUUAAGUGACAAAGUGAGAGAACUCUCCAAGUCUGCCAGCAGAGCAUCCCUGGUGGUGGAGGCAGAAAAGCACGCACAGUCUUUACAAGAGCUGGCAAAGCAGCUGGAGGAGAUCAAGAGGAGUGCCAGUGGGGAUGAGCUGGUGCGCUGCGCUGUGGACGCUGCCACUGCCUAUGAUAACAUCCUCAGUGCCAUCAAAGUGGCUGAGGACGCGGCCAGCAAGGCCACCAGUGCAUCGGAGUCUGCCCUCCAGAACGUGAUAAAGGAAGAUCUCCCAAGAAAAGCUAAAACCCUGAAUUCCAACAGUGAUAAACUGUUAAAUGAAGCCAAGCUAACACAGAAGAAGCUACAGCAAGAAAUCAGUCCGGCUCUAAACAACCUACAGCAAACUCUGAAAAUUAUGACAGUUCAGAAAGGGCUGAUAGACACCAAUAUCACUACCAUCCGCGAGGAUCUUCGUGGGAUUCAGAGAGAUGACAUCAGUGGUAUGAUCGGUGUUGCAAAAAGCAUGGUAAAAAAAGCCAACGACAUCACAGAUGAGGUUCUGAAGGGACUCAACCCUAUUCAGACAGAUCUGGGAAGAAUUAAGGAGACCUAUGGGCACACACGGAAUGAAGACUUCAGCAAAGCUCUCACUGAUGCGGAUAAGUCAGUAAAGAAAUUAACCAACAAACUUCCUGAUCUUCUGAGCAAGAUUGAAAGUAUCAACCAACAGCUGUUGCCACUGGGCAACAUCUCUGACAAUGUGGACCGCAUACGAGAACUGAUUCAGCAGGCCAGAGAUGCUGCAAAUAAGGCUGCCAUCCCCAUGAGGUUCAACGGUAAAUCUGGAGUUGAAGUCCGGCUGCCAAAUGACCUGGAAGACUUGAAAGGAUACACGUCUAUUUCUUUGUUUCUCCAAAGGCCUAACACAGCAGAAAACAGAGGAACUAGCAAUAUGUUUGUAAUGUACCUUGGAAAUAAAGAUGCCUCCAGGGACUACAUCGGCAUGGCAGUGAUAGGCGGCCGGCUCACGUGUAUCUACAACUUGGGCAAGCACGAGGCUGAACUCCAAGUGGACCAGGACUUGACCGAGAGUGAAACUCUGGAGGCCGUGAUGGACCGGGUGAAAUUUCAGAGGAUCUAUCAGUUUGUAAAGCUUAAUUACACCCAAAGAGCCACAUCCACUAAGCCUGGAACACCUGAACUCCUUGACGUGGAUAGUGGGAACAGCAACACACUCCUCAAUCUGGAUCCUGAAGAUGCUGUAUUUUAUGUUGGAGGUUACCCACCUGAUUUUAGACUUCCUAAUAGGCUGAGAUUCCCUCCAUACAAAGGUUGUAUUGAAUUAGAUGACCUCAAUGAAAACGUGCUUAGCUUGUACAACUUCAAAAAAGCUUUCAAUCUGAACACAACUGAAGUGGAACCUUGUAGAAGGAGAAAGGAAGAGUCCGACAAAAAUUAUUUUGAAGGUACAGGUUAUGCUCGAAUCCCAACUCAACCAGGUGCUCCCUUGCCAACUUUUGCACAGACGAUUCAGACCACCAUGGAUAGUGGUUUGCUGUUCUUUGCAGAAAAUAAGGAUCGCUUCAUAUCUCUGAAUAUAGAAGAUGGCCGUCUUCUGCUACAAUACAAACUGAAUUCAGAGCCACCAAAAGAAAAAAGAAUUGGAAACGUCAUAAACAAUGGGGAAGAUCAUACGAUUUGGAUCCGAAUUUUAAGAUCCCAAAACCUUAUAAGGAUAAAUGCGAUUUCUCAAAGUGAAGUUGAAGGUGAAAUAUUUAACUUCAGUACAUACUAUCUGGGAGGAAUUCCAAUUUCAAUCAGGGAAAGGUUUAACAUUUCUACACCUGCUUUCCGAGGCUGCAUGAAAAAUCUGAAGAAAAGUAUUGGUGUUGUGAGGUUGGAUGAUACCAUAGGAGUAACAAAAGAGUGCUCUGAAGACUGGAAGUUUCAGACAAGUAGACUGCAGGUCACCCUGGAAGAUGGUCACAUUGAACUGAGUACCAGGGAUAGCAGCAGCCCAGCUUUUGAAUCUCCACAGACAUACAUGGACGGUUUAGUGCACUAUGUAUCCAUCAUAAGCGACCACUCUGGACUCCAGCUUCUCAUUGAUGACCAGCCUGUGAUGAACAGUCAAGGGCUACAAGACUUUUCAGAUUACCAGCAGUCCCUGCGUCUGGGCGGGGGUCAUUUUGAGGGUUGUAUCAGCAAUGUCUUUGUCCAGAGGCUGCCACAGAGUUCCACAGUCCUGGAUUUGGCCAAUAAAUCUACCAAGAGAGAUGUGACCCUAGGAGGCUGCAGUUUAAGCAAACAACCCUUUCUAAUGUUGCUUAAAGGUUCUACAAGGUUUAACAAGGCCAAGACUCUCAACAUCAACCAGCCAUUGCAAGACACACCAGCGGCCUCCCGAAGGAGUGUGGAGGUGUGGCCGGGUGCUCAGUCUUGCCCACCAUCUCCCUGGGUCCAGGCCAGUCACGGGGCUCUUAGGUUUGGCGACAGUCCCACCAGCCACAUGCUAUUCACACUUCCCCAGGAGUUGCUGAGACCCAGGUCACAGUUUGCUGUGGACAUACAGACAACAUCCUCCCGAGGGCUCGUGUUUUACACGGGCACCAAGAACGCCUUUAUGGCUCUUUAUCUUUCGAAGGGGCGUCUGGUCUUUGCUUUGCGGGCAGAAGGGAAAAAGCUGAGGCUCAAAAGCAAAGAGAAGUGCAGUGACGGGAAGUGGCACACGGUGGUGUUUGGGCAAGAUGGAGAAAAGAGGCGGUUGGUUGUGGAUGGUCUGAGGGCACAGGAGGCAAGCUGGCCUGGAAAUUCCAGGGUGAGCCUCCGGGCUCUGGUUUACCUGGGAUCACCUCCACUGGGGAAACCCAAGAGCCUCCCCCAAAACAGCUUUGUGGGGUGCCUGAGGAACUUCCAGUUGGAUUUGAGACCCCUGCAAACCCCUUCUGCAAGCUUCAGGGUGUCUCCCUGUUUGGGUGGCUCUUUGGAGAAAGGCAUUUAUUUUCCUCAAGAAGGAGGUCAUGUUGUCCUAGCGAACUCUGUGUUGUUGGGGCCAGAAUUUAAGCUUGUUUUCAGCAUUCGCCCAAGGAGUCUCACCGGAAUGCUAAUACACAUAGGAAGUCAACCCAGGAAGCACUUAUGUGUUUAUAUGGAGGCAGGAAAGGUCACAGCCUCUGUGGACAGUGAGGCAGGUGAGAUCUUGACAUCGGUCACACCAAAACGGUCUCUGUGUGAUGGACAGUGGCAUUCGGUGACAGUCACCAUAAAACAACGCAUCCUGCACCUGGAACUGGAUGCAGACAACAGCUACUCAGCUGGACGACGCCCCUUCCUGCCUGCCAGCACGCGGGAGCCGCUACACAUUGGAGGUGUCCCAGCUAAUUUGAAGACCCUGAAGCUCCCUGUGUGGAAAUCAUUUUUUGGCUGCCUGAAAAAUAUUCAAGUCAACCACAUUCCUGUCCCUGUCUCUGAUGCCAUGGAAGUACAGGGGACUGUCAGUCUGAAUGGCUGCCCUAGCCACUGACUCAAACCCAUUACACAGUGAGGAAAUUCACCUUCGAAAGCACUGAUGACCCAGCACAGCCUCCUCUCGCCACUCAAGGUCGUUCUUGACUUAACACACCAUCCAGAUGGUUUCAUAGCAAAUCUGGUUUUGAAUCCUAACCACAUAUACCCGUCAUUUUGGCAUAUUCAGUGCUCCAUAUGUAUUUUAUAUGAAAAUCCCAUUUCUUGAAGAUGAAGAACAAAUUAUUUUAUGCUUUUGGUGAUACCAUUUGCCACUAAAAUGUAUCUUUUAAAGAACAUUAUUUUCCACUUGUUGAAAAAAAUAAAUACCUUUUACAGCACUUUAAAAACAUGCAAAUUUUACAUGUGUUAAGGGAUUUUAAUUUAUGGGGUUAAAUAAAUGCAGCAUACUCUUUAAAUCA